UUAUCGACUUUAUUCCAUUUGAGAUGCUACCAUGAAACGCUUUAGCUGUCUCGUUAUUAAUAUUUUUUUAAUCGCAUCAACCACGGUAUCGUGUCUUGUUACCAAUCAGAUAAGCUCUCGGGAAACCGUAACGGAAGAAUCGGUGAGGGAAGUGGCUAAAGAUUCAGGUGAUGGGAUAAAAGUAGACGAUAAAAGUCAGAUAUAUAACGAUGUGAUACAAUCCUUGAAGAAUCAAAACUGGACGGACGAGGAACAGCUAUGUGUGGAACAGAUUAAUCGAAUGGUUCGAGGACUCCAGAACUUCACACUUUGGGCUGUUUGGGUAUGGGACACCCAAACAUCGGAACCACAAGGUCAACUAUUCGCAAAUAAGUAUCAAUUAGGAAAUUUCGAUCAGUGCAUGAACGCUCCAUGGACGGAUUCGCACGACGAUUUGCACAUGAAAUACUGCCUCGUUGACAUCGUUCUAGAGAGGCCAGAUAAUGGCCACAAGCAGAAGCUGAACAAACCGUUCUCCCCUUAUCAGUCAGCUAUAGAUUUUAUAGAGUAUCACCCUCCCCACACGCGUCCUCUUAACGAGUUAACAUGGGGAGUUUGCACUCCAGUUUCCUGUCUGCCCAGCACGAUUGAGAAAUUGAUGGCCGUGAUGCUGGCAAGAAGUCAUCUCGGUGCAGCCGGUCUGAAAGCGAGGAUUGCAGUUAAUGAAAAAUGUCAAACCAAUGAAGAUCAGAGUUACGAUGGAUUGUUUCAUUCUUUUGUGAUUUUAAUGGGCUCCUUAAUUUCGAUUUGCUUAGUGUGCACUUAUUACAACUGUACAAGGCAACUUGAAUCUAAUUCAGCAAGUUCAAAUUUAAUCAGAGCGUUUUGCAUGAACGAAAACGCUUCUGACCUAUUGAAAAUGAGAAAAGACGGAUCUGAAGUAAUUUACGGAAUCAAAUGGCUAACGAUGUGCUUGAUAGUUGUGGAUCAUCAAAUCGGUAUUGGUAAUGCGGGUCCCAUCAGCAACGGACUGACCUCAGAUAAUAUAAUUCAAUCUUUUUUGGGACUAUUUAUUCUACACGACGAUUUAUUUGUGGAUACGUUUUUUCUUUUAUCUGGCUUCCUAACUAUUUCGUCUUUCGCAUCACUGAAAAAGCUGCCGAACCCGCUUAUAGUGAUCUUGAGAAGAUAUAUCAGGCUCGUAGCAGCACUUUCAGUGGUAGUGUUCUAUGUUUCUGCUGUAUAUCCUUACACCGGCACCGGCCCAUUGUGGAACAAAGCAAUCACUGCUGAAACAGAAGCAUGCCGUAAGAACUGGUGGCUUAAUCUACUCAUGAUCAGCAAUUAUGUUGACACCGAAAAUAUUUGCAUCGUAAUAUCCUGGUACAUUCCGUGCGACUUCCACUUUUUCUUGGUCACAAUUAUUGGAUUUUUUUUAUACAAGAAGUACCCGAAAAUAGGCGUUAUCACCGGAGGAGUAUUAUUUGCGGUCGCACUAUUGAUACCGGGCAUCAUGACGUACAUGUACCAGUUGGCUGCAGUACAACUGUUUACUAUUGAGUUUGUGAUGAACCCACGCGCGAAUGAAGAUUUCCAUCUGCUGUACAUCAAGAGUCACGCGCGUUUCGCUUCAUAUCUCGUCGGCGUAUUCGGUGGAUUUAUCUUCGUGAAAUACAAAGCCGAAGGCAAACUAAGUACCAUAUCGAAGAAAUGGUCUGCCUUCGGUACAAUAGCAGCGCUCACCUUGAUGCUGGCUGUGAUGAUGUAUGGUAGUACAUUUAUCUGGCGCGAAUACCAGCCGUUAGAGAGCGCAAUAUAUGCUGCAUUCAACAGACCGGUCUGGGCGUUUGGAGUAGGAUUACUCGUUAUGUGUUGUUCGUUUGGACAGUUGCAAAUAGUGAAAAGUUUCCUCUCCUGGUACCCGUUCGUCCCCCUCAGUCGGCUAACGUAUGGCCUCUAUCUAACUCACACCAUCAUAAUUAUGCGAAACGUCUUUGUCACCAGGAAUCCACGGCACAACGAUUAUUUUGAAAUCCUAAGCAGCUCAGCCGGUACCGUGUUUUGGGGAAGUAUCUCCGCUUUACUUCUUUGGCUACUAGUAGAGGCACCUGUUAAUAAAUUAUUCACCUUUUUAAUCAGUUCAAAAAUUAAUAUAGAAACUGUCGAAGAGAAUCAACACCCGACACAAUCGAAUAACUCCACAUCCGUUGAGAUCAGCAACACUGGACACCUACGAGAUAAUUUACCGACAAGGAUUCAUUUCACAUCUAAAAUAUAAAUGUAUUCAGUUAAUACAAUAAAACCAGCUUUAAUUA